AAAAAGAAAAAAGAAGCGUAUAAUAGCGCGUUGGAAAUUCGACCCCGCCAUUCAUAACAAACCCAUCCGCCAAAUAACUAACCGCUUCUUCUUCUUCUUCUUCAGACCCAAAAUCCAAACCAUAACAGAACCACCGCCGAGCCCAAUCACCAAACCCAUUGCGAUUCCAAUCCCUUAUCGUGUCGCUGCACAAUCGCAUCUCCGAGCUUGGUUUCCAAUUGGCAGGGAUAGAACAAGUGUUUCGCAUCCUGAGAAUCAUUGUCUCCAUCCUUGUGAGAUAAGAAAGCUGUAAGAAACAGUUCUUAUUCUGUCAUAGUCGAGUCUGGAGGAAGAACUUCUAUGAUGUUCACGAUUUCAGUUCCGAAACCUGGACUGGUGAGAUUUUCCCAUGAUGGAACAAGGCGUCCUCAAAAGUUUGACAGGACUGAUUUCGUUUGGUCUAUGAAAAUGGAGUCAAAGUUUUCUCAUGACAGGAAGAUUGAAGAAUUGUCAGUAGAGCUUCCAACACCACCUAGUCCUCAUCCUGAUUCGUCUAGGGACCGUGCUCUUCAAUUUAACCGGGGACAACCUUCAGGUAAAGAUUUAGAUCCUGACGAUGUGUUUGAAUUUGGAGGAUAUAUUGCACGAGAAGGCAUGUGCGAUGAAGAAUACUGGACAGCAGCAUAUUUACGUGCAGAAACUCGCUGGGAAGAUCGAAAUCAUGACCGAUAUGUUGAAAGCCACAUAAGGAAAUAUACAGAGCAGGAGUUUAAUGAAAUCAAAAGGCGAAGCAAUGUCCAGUUUGGGAAAAAAUGCAGAUGCAUUGUGACGAUGAAGAAGGAUUCAAAGAACGUGAAACGCACUGUUCUGAAAAGCAUGGUUGGAACACUUGAUUUGAGGAUCCGGUACUUGUUGAAUGGAGAGACCUUUCCAGAGGAACAAGUAAAACCUUCCAUCUUCAGCAGCUUCUCAAUGACUCGCUCAAAUAGAUAUGGUUAUAUUGCAAACUUGUGUGUAAUCAAACCAGCACGUCGCCAGGGUGUUGCAAGAAAUAUGCUGCAGUUUGCUAUUAAACAAGCAAAGUUGGAUGAAUUAGAACGGGUAUAUGUGCAUGUUGACAGAAAGAACAAAAAUGCACAGGAUCUGUACGAAAAGAUGGGAUUUCAGAUCAUUGAAAGCACGAACCCUCAGUUGGAAAAAGAUGAACUUUAUUUGCUUUGUUUGAAGAUCUAGAAGCAGAUUCAACACAUAUUCAUGAAUUUGAUUUUUUCUCCUUGGAAUCAAACAAAUACCGUAGAAUACUCAUGUCUGCAUGUGACAUGAAGUUAGGUCAAAAUCCAACAAUCUUACAUCCUGUCUUGUACAGAAAUCGUUUAGCUCCUCACUUUUUCAAAGAUAGAUGACCCUGCAAAGGUUCUUGGUAUAGAAUAUACUUGUCUCUCAUUGUUAGCCAAACUUUUGCGAAGUGAAAACUUGUUACUCA